CUACACAAAUCAAUAAAGGUAGUGAAUAAAAAUCAAUAAAAUUAGUGAUUCCUUACCUACUACUGUUACUUUCUCCUGUAUAUUCCACCAUAACUGCAAAAGUUUUUGCUAUUAUUAAUUUGCUUCUUUCUUUGGUUGAAAUUAUUAUCUUUGUCGAAAUCUUCAUCUCUUCUACUUGUUAAUUUGCUUCUUUCUUUUGCGGAAAUUAUCAUCUUCGUCCUAAUAUUCUCUUUUGCUUAAAUUCAAAAUUUUGAGUACAUAGCUUUCCAACAUACGGGGAGUUUCAACACAUUUAUCAGAACUGUUGCCAGAGUAUUUAAACUUUCUGGAGUCACACGUGAUGGAAGCAUUUGUGGGAAUUCUCGUCGAUACUUUGAAUUCCAUGAUCCAGAAGGAGAGUGGAUUGCUUUGUGGUGUUGCAACUGACAUGGAAAAUCUUGCACGCUUGCUCUCCACCAUCAAGGCAGUCCUUGAAGAUGCUGAGCAGAAGCAAUUCACAGACAAGGCAAUACAACUCUGGUUUCAGAAGCUCAAUGGUGUUGCCUAUGAAAUCGAUGAUGUAUUGGAUGAUUACGCAGCUGAAGCCUCAAGAGUCAAGUACAAAAAUUCUGGUUGUUUUAGUUUGAUGUGUUACCCUAUAGCAGGAAACUUAGUGUUUCGUCACAGGAUUGGGACAAGGAUGAAGGAGAUCCUUGAAAAAUUUAAUGCAAUAGCUGAUGAGCGGAUAAAGCUUGGUUUGAUUGAUCAGAACCGUGGGAGCAACCACUUUCAGGUUGAUUCUACUGGAACACGUGAGACUGGUUCCUUGCUAAAGGAACCUGAUCUAGUCCUUGGAAGGGACGAGGCGAAAGACGAGAUUGUGAAAAUAUUGGUGAAUCAAGUCAGAGAUAAUCAAAAUGUAUCAGUACUCCCUAUAGUGGGUGUUGGAGGCCUUGGAAAGACAACACUUGCCCAAUUGGUGUUUAAUGAUGAGCGCAUAGCCAAGCAUUUUGACCCAAAACUCUGGGUUUGGAUCUCAGAGGAUUUCAAUGUGAAGAGGAUUAUAAAAGCCUUAAUUAAUUCAAUACGAGGGACUCCUGUUGAAGAAUUAGAAUUGGAUCCUCUGCAAAGAAAACUUCAAGAGUUGUUGAGAGGGAAAAGAUACUUGGUUGUACUGGAUGAUGUCUGGAAUGAGAAUCUAGAGGAAUGGGAGAAACUGAAAUCUGUUCUGGAAUGCGGAUCAAGAGGUAGUUCAAUCAUCAUGACAACUCGCAUGGAGAAGGUUGCCACAAUAAUGGGCACAUUACAAACAUAUUAUCUGUCGAGUUUGUCAGAGAAUCAGUGUUGGUCACUGUUUAGGCAACGGGCAUUUGGCCGUCAAGAGGCUGAAGAAUAUCCUAACCUUGUAGUUAUCGGAAAAGAGAUUGUGAAAAAAUGUGGUGGUGUUCCUCUGGCUGCAAAGGCUCUUGGAGGCUUUCUACGAUUUAAAAGGCAAGAAAAUGAAUGGAACUCCGUGAAAUGCAGUGAAAUUUGGAACUUACCUCAAGAUACAACACAUAUCUUGCCCGCGUUGAGAUUGAGCUACCUUAAUCUUCCGGUAGAGUUGAGAGGUUGCUUUGCAUAUUGUGCAGCAUUUCCCAAGGGCUAUGAAUUUGAAAUAGAAGAGGUAAUACAUUUGUGGAUGGCAAAUGGAUUGCUUUCAUCUAAUGAAACAAUGGAAGUGGAAGAUGUUGGUGUUGCCGUGCUGACUGAACUAUAUUAUAGAUCACUAUUCCAAGCAGUAAAGGAAGAUGAAUUUGGCAAUGCCCUCACUUUUAAGAUGCAUGACCUUGUCCAUGAUUUGGCUCGAUCAGUAAUGAAGGCUAAACACGGUGGAACAGAGUCAAAUAGAACGAUGAUAUUAGGUAUGCCAGAUGAUCAGCUAACAGUGGCUUUUCCUAUUACAAUCACAGGCAUUGACCAGUGCUUUUCUUUCUUGUCAAAAUGUGGCUCCCUGAGGGCUCUCAUGGUAAAGUCAAUGGAGUCUACCCAAGAAGAGUUUACGAAGUUGUCACAUGCAAUAAGCAAACUGAAACAUUUAAGGCAUCUAGAUCUUUCAAGAUCUUUAAUUAUUGAACUACCCAAUUCAAUUUGUGACUUGUGGAAUUUGCAAAUUUUAAACCUAAAUGAUUCUCUCAUUCUUCUGAGUCUACCCAAGGGCAUGAGAUUCCUCAGAAAUCUUCGACAUCUUUGUCUACAUGGAUGUUGGAGUUUGACUCACAUGCCAAGUGGAAUUGGGAAGUUGACUUGCUUGCGGACGUUGGGUAUGGUCGUCUUGAGUGGCAAGAAAGGCUUCCGACUAAGUGAGUUGCGAGACUUAAAUAUGCUUAGAGGAGGGCUAACAAUUAUGCACCUUGAGAGGAUUGAAGACAAAAAGGAUUCAGAAGAAGCUUGCUUAAUUAAGAAACAGAGUCUCCACGGGUUGAAUUUGUAUUGGGAUUCCGAAAGAACGAUUCAACGGUACAAUGAUAAGGAAGUGCUCGAAGCCCUCAAACCCCGGCCCAACCUUCAACUGCUACGUGUCCUAGGCUUCAACGGUUCAUCAUUUCCAUCUUGGAUUUCAACUGUAACAGAAGUUGUUGUGCACGAGAGUGCAGCGGAGUACAUAGUUGGGGUCUAA